GCGGAGAGGCGGAAUGUUCAACUCCUGACUCGGGCGGAAGCGUGGGAGCCGCGCGGGCCGCCGUCCCCCCCCCGCCCCUGCCCUCGCCGCGCGGGGCCUCGGCGCCCCGGCUGCUGCUGCCGCUCCUGCCGCCGCCGCGCCCCGCCCGGGAGCCAGAUUUUGUGGGAGUCUAAUACUUUGUCAUUAUGAGAUGUCGUCUCUCGGUACCUCCUUUGUGCAAAUUAAAUUUGAUGACUUGCAGUUUUUUGAAAACUGCGGUGGAGGAAGUUUUGGGAGCGUAUAUCGAGCCAGAUGGAUAUCACAGGACAAGGAGGUGGCUGUAAAGAAGCUGCUCAAAAUAGAGAAAGAGGCAGAAAUACUCAGUGUCCUCAGUCACAGAAACAUCAUCCAGUUUUAUGGAGUAAUUCUCGAACCUCCCAACUAUGGGAUCGUCACAGAAUAUGCUUCUCUGGGAUCACUCUAUGAUUACAUUAAUAGUAACAGAAGUGAAGAGAUGGACAUGGAUCACAUUAUGACCUGGGCCACUGAUGUAGCCAAAGGAAUGCACUAUUUACAUAUGGAGGCUCCUGUCAAGGUGAUUCACAGAGAUCUCAAGUCAAGAAAUGUUGUUAUAGCUGCUGAUGGGGUAUUGAAGAUAUGUGAUUUUGGUGCCUCUCGGUUCCAUAACCAUACAACACACAUGUCCUUGGUUGGGACUUUCCCAUGGAUGGCUCCAGAAGUUAUCCAAAGUCUCCCUGUGUCUGAAACUUGUGACACAUAUUCCUAUGGUGUGGUUCUCUGGGAGAUGCUAACAAGGGAGGUCCCCUUUAAAGGUUUGGAAGGAUUACAAGUAGCUUGGCUUGUAGUGGAAAAAAACGAGAGAUUAACCAUUCCAAGCAGCUGCCCCAGAAGUUUUGCUGAGCUGUUACGUCAGUGUUGGGAAGCUGAUGCCAAGAAACGGCCAUCUUUUAAGCAAAUCAUUUCAAUUCUGGAGUCCAUGUCAAAUGACACUAACCUUCCCGACCAGUGUAACUCAUUCCUGCACAACAAGGCAGAGUGGAGGUGCGAAAUUGAAGCAACUCUCGAGAGGCUGAAGAAACUAGAACGGGACCUCAGCUGUAAAGAGCAGGAGCUCAAAGAGCGGGAAAGACGUCUGAAGAUGUGGGAGCAAAAGCUGACGGAGCAGUCCAACACCCCGCUGCUGCCCUCCUUUGAGAUUGGCUCGUGGACUGAAGACGACGUGUAUUUUUGGGUUCAGCAGCUCGUCAGAAAAGGGGACUCUUCAACCGAGAUGAGCAUAUACGCGAGCUUGUUUAAGGAAAACAACAUUACGGGAAAGCGACUGCUUCUUUUGGAGGAAGAAGACUUUAAAGACAUGGGCAUUGUCUCCAAGGGGCACAUCAUUCACCUGAAGUCAGCCAUUGAGAAAUUAACCCAUGAUUACCUAAACUUGUUUCACUUCCCACCACUAAUUAAGGACUCAGUAGAUGAACCUAAAGAAAAUGAGGAAAAAAUAGUGAACCUUGAACUUGUUUUUGGUUUUCACUUGAAACCAGGAACCGGCCCACACGAUUGUAAGUGGAAAAUGUAUAUGGAGAUGGAUGGGGAUGAAAUUGCAAUAACCUACAUCAAAGAUGUGACAUUCAACACUAACCUACCCGAUGCAGAGAUUUUAAAGAUGACAAAGCCCCCAUUCGUAAUGGAGAAGUGGACUGUAGGGAUAAUAGAAAAUCAGACCGUAGAAUGCACCGUCACCUAUGAGAGUGAUGUUAGAGCUCCAAAAAGUACGAAGCACAUCCACUCUAUUCAGUGGAGUACAAUGAAACCUCAGGAUGAAGUGAAAGCUGUCCAACUUGCCAUUCAGACAUUACUUCCCAACUCAGAGGGCAACUCUAGAAGCAGGUCUGACUCAAGUGCUGAUCGCCAGUGGCUGGAUACUCUGAGGAUGCGGCAGAUUGCUUCCAAUACUUCUCUACAGUGUUCCCAGAGCAACCCCAUUCUGGGGUCACAAUUCUUCCCAUAUUUCAAUGAUCAGGAUUCCUACGCUGCUGCUGUCAGGCGGACCCAGGUGCCCAUUAAGUAUCAACAGAUUACACCCAUCAACCAAUCCAGAAGCUCCUCUCCUACUCAGUACGGACUAACCAAAAACUUCUCUUCUCUACAUCUCAACUCCAGGGACAGUAGCUUUUCCAGUCUUCCAACUGACAGCUCUUUAGAGAGAGGUCGAUACUCAGGUAGGAGCAAGAACAAAUAUGAUCGUGGCAGCGUAUCACUCAAUUCUUCUCCUAGGGGAAGGUAUAGCGGGAAGAGUCAGCAUUCCACUCCUUCACGAGAAAGAUAUUCUGGAAAAUUCUACAGGGUUUCUCAGUCAGCACUCAACACGCAGCAGUCACCUGACCUCAAGAGAAGCCCAAAUGACUGCCACCAACCCAGGACCAUACCAGGGAUGCCUUUACACACGGAGACCGACUCAAGAGCCAAUGAAGAGGAGAGCAAAGUCAGCGAAGGAGGAUGGACAAAAGUGGAAUACCGCUCAUCAGAAACCAAAGAUCUAAAAUUGCCUAGGAGAUGUGUGGUUACUGCUUUCCCAAAGCUCUCCAGGGACUGCUUUUGAAUAUUCUCUUCUACAUUUUACCAAAGGAGGAGCAAAGAGGGAAAAACAACAGUCCAUAAAGACCUCUUGGAAUGUCAGAAAUCUAAAAUCUGAAAGAAAGCAGACACAGGGCAGGGUGAUAACGUCACAAGCCAUAAGCCAAAGAAAUGUGAAAAUCACCAACAUCCUCUUUAGCACAAGACAGUAAAUACCAUCCUUGCAGCAAGAAAGCUCUAAGCAGCUGGGGGCAAAGGGCUGGUGCAGGUGGGAGGAAACUGCCUGCAGUAGGGGACAGGAACUGUGAGAUCCAACUUGAUGAAAUGCUUCAUAUUUUACAAAUCAAAAAGUCCAGAGGUAACAGCCUUAUAUGUCAAAUAAAUAAACUUGACUUUCAAUAUA